UAAUAAGCUAAUGAGCCAGGAUGAAUUUUGGCCGAAGUAGGAGGGGAUUCAAGAGGGUUAGGAUGGUUAAAAGAAGAGAAAGAAUAAAAAAAGAGUAAUUUCAAAUCCCAGUUAAUAAACAGGUCAUUGGAGUGAAUUGGAACAUUAAACAUAUAUCGAUUUUUUGAAUAUGCAUAGAUCUGUGAUGGAGUCACAAGAUUAAAAGAAGACAAGCAAAAUAUUUAAGUUGAUGAGUGAGACCAUUGGUACUAGAAGUCCAUCGCAAUGCAGGUUCUUGAUUUCACCAUAAUUAUUUAGAUCUCAUCAUUAGAAGUUCAAUCCCUUUGUUCAUCAAAUCAAGAAGAGACAAAAGAGGAAAAAGGACAAUUAAAAUACAGAGAAACUAACUAAGAAUGACGAAAAUGCAUUCUUGUAAUCUUUGCAAAUUCAGCAUCAAUUAUUUUAGUAAUAACCUUUGGUAAUUCUCUAAUCAAUGUAUAGGAAUAUUAAAUGUUAUAGAUUCCUUACUUCCCCUAUGUUCCUGUAUUUGAUAACUCAUUGAAAGAGGAUGAUAAGUUUAAUGAGCAAUAGCAGUUGUAUUUUCAACAGUGCAUGCUCCUGCAAUAAAAACUACCGUAAUAAUUGGAUGACAAGAACAUAUGUUGUUUCAAUUUUAAUUUCAUGCCCCAACAGUAGAUGCAUUUAAAUUUUAAUUACUUCCAAUAAUAAUAAAUGUUCAACAAUGAUUUUCAAGUUUUGAAUUCAUGUGAUCUUAACAUCAAGGAAAACUAAUUCGAUGAGCAAUGA